GAAGCAAGUAGCAACAUAUUCAUCCACUUAUAUCGCUUUCAGAGAUUUUUUUUUAAAUUUGUUACUUUUUUUUAUUUUUUUCAAUUUUGUCAACAAGGAAACGUUGCUAUAAAUACAUAAUGUUGCAACCUUAGGAUUGUAAGCUUCAUAAUACAGGUUUAGAACUCCAAAAGUUUAGGGUUUCAAAUCUAGAGUGAAAACUUAAGAGUGAUGGAAGGCUUAAUCCCUUAUCUCAUCCAUGCCAUGAAGAAGCAAAAGCCUGGCCACAAUUACAGGUCGACGUCGGUGGGAUCUAGCCGUAGCUACCAUUUGUUGGAGGGAUCGUCUCACCGGCGAACAAGGUCUGAGUUCCAGCCGCCUGCGACGGUGGAGGUUGUUGAGCAGAGGUCAGGUUUGGGGUACAACAACGGUUCUUCAAGUGUUGGUUCCCAUGCUCAUCAGCAAACUUCAGUGGGGAACACUGGUGAUGUUAGACGACGAUGACUGGGUUGUUUAAAUGUUUGGUUGCAUGGAUUUGUUUAUUUAGCUGUAAAAUAGGGUAAAGUUGUUCAUCUCAAAUAAUGGCUUUUUGCCUUUAAUUCAACAUUCAAACAGUGUAUUGUAAAGUAA